AUGAUGAUGGACCCAGAACACCAUAUGAAGCUGGAAAGCUAUCAGCAGCUCUAUAUGAGCAAUUUCUUGCCACCUACAGCUACAUCGAGUAUUCCGGUGCACGAUGAUCUGAUUGGAGGACCGGAUUCACCGGAUUCUGGUUUAGGCGGUAAAGACGGGAAAAAAGAUCAAGAUCGAGUGAAACGCCCAAUGAACGCUUUUAUGGUAUGGAGUCGAGGACAACGCCGCAAAAUGGCACAAGAGAAUCCAAAGAUGCACAACUCUGAAAUCUCAAAACGAUUGGGCACUGAGUGGAAACAAUUGAGUGACAAUGACAAACGGCCAUUUAUUGAUGAGGCAAAGAGAUUACGAGCGAUUCACAUGAAGGAGCAUCCCGACUACAAAUACCGGCCAAGAAGAAAGACGAAAGCCAUCCAAAAGAAACCCGGUCAACUCGGCACCGGAUUCCUUGAGACAAUGAAAACAAAUGUCUAUCCACAGAUGCAAAGCGCUUGGCCACAAACAACGACUCAAACCCCUUCCUAUUCUUCGUACGACUACGCGGCGUUGUACUCUCGACCCGGUUUCGAUAUGAUGACCUCGUUCCCAAAUUAUCUCAGUGGAUCCACUUCUCCAUCACAGUACACCCAAGCUUUUGCCGCUCAAGGAUUUAUGCCCUCGCUAACUGGAGUGCUGAAGACCGAGAAUGAGGUGACAACACAAGACGUAACCGCUCCUCCAUCCGACUCACCCGAUGGAGCUUUCCGAGCGCCGUACUACGAUCCAACGAAAGACCCAGCCGCUUUCUACGCAGCGGCCACGAAUCCAAUGAUGAGCUAUGGCUUGACAGAUAUGGGUGCUUUAAGUGGUAUGACCCAACAAUUACCGCAAACGCUCGCCCCGUUGUCCCAUCACCUCGCCUCCACU